GAGAGCCAGGCUUCUUCCGGGACAGGGCAGGGGCCUGGGGCGCGUCUUCUUCUCCGGACAGCUGAAGUUCAGCGCGCCUCUUUUACCGUCCGCUGAACCCGGGCGAGGGACCCCGAGGGAGAGGCGGCGGCGUCUCCGGCUCCGCUCCGCGCUGCCCGCCCCGCGCGCGCGCUGCCUCGGCCCCGCCCGGCACCUGCCUCCUCCUCGCAGGCCCCAGCCCCGCCUUCCCAGCCGGGCAGCCACCGCGGGCGAAGGCGUCUAUUAGCAGCUGCAAGCUGUUGGCGAAGGAGCGUGUGGUGCCGCUGCUGCAGCUGCGAGAGAGACGCCGGCCAUGGGGAGAGUGCAAGGAGGGAUGCGAUGCGUCAAGUUCCUGCUCUUCAUCUUCAACUUCAUCUUCUGGUUGGCAGGCUCGGCUGUCGUCGCGUUUGGGUUAUGGCUGCGGUUUGGAAACAUAUUAAGAGAUUUAGCGACUGACAAGGCCUCUCCAGAAUACAUUUACAUGGGACUCUAUGUGCUAAUAGGAGCAGGCAUGCUGAUGAUGACCGUGGGGUUUUUUGGGUGCUGUGGAGCUGCGCGAGAAUCUCAGUGCUUGCUUGGAGCAUUCUUUACCUGUUUGCUGGUGAUUUUUGCUGCUGAAGUCACUGCAGGAGUUUUUGCUUUUCUUGGCAAGAAAGCGGCUGUUGAAGAGGUCCAGAACAUCUAUGAGGAAGCUUACGAAGACUUUGUGAAUAAUGUGGGGACAAGCAACAAAACCCUUAUCCAGUACCAUGAAGCACUUCAGUGCUGUGGGAGAGGAGGAAAUGAUGCUGCAGUGAAGCCCACCUGUCCAAAAGACAUUGAACAGCCCAGAAGUUGUCUGACUGAAAUCGAGACUCUCAUUGACACAAAUCUUCGUUUAGUUGGCAUUGUUGGGAUUGGAAUUGCUGGGAUCACAAUCUUUGGCAUGGUCUUCAGCAUGGUCCUCUGCUGCGCAAUCCGGAACACAAGAGACAUGCUCUAGAACUCUUGCUUCGUAGCAUUAUCUUCACCCUUAGGGACCAGAGACCGGAGGACUUCUGGAUGAAUCUGCAAGUGCAUUUGUCCGCUGAGCUUAACAACUGUAACCAUUUUAAUUAGUGGUGUUAACCAACUGACAGAGAGAGAGAGAGAGAGAGAGAGAGAGAGAGAGAGAGAGAGAGAGAGAGAGAGAGAGAGAGAGAGAGAGAAUGAGAGAGAUAGAUGUUUGGUGAGCGUGAGAGUUUUUCAUUGUUUGCAUUUAAAUUAAGACAAGGAAAUCUGAAGCAAACAAAUAGGAUGGGCGUAACAAUGUCUUCUUCAAUGCAGUGGCAGCAUUAGAAACUAAAAUUUAUUUGAAACAUGACUUUGCACAUGUGUGCAGGUGAUCAGUGCCUAUAUCUCCAUGUUCAAGUACAUGUGUGUUUGUUUGUAGGCACACAGAUGCAUGUGGUGCAGCUGCGCAGAUAUCUGUAUAUAUGGUACUCCAUAUGAUUGUAUGUAUGUUUCGUGGGUGUCUGUAUUUGCAUGCACAUUCCUGCAGUAUAUAUAUACACUUGGGUGCAGACCCAGGCUAAAGCCCUUUCCAAGUGGCCUCCUCAUUGCUGAUAAGCCAUCUCGUUUUUAUCCAACAGUGUCCAUAAGUGACUACAUUUAACCAAUUGGAUUGGAAGUAAAUGAUACACGAUUGGCUCUGUUCCUGGACAUCUCACCUUGGAGAGUUUCGGUAGCUUUCUUUGUCACAUGCAGAAUUGUCUUUAAUCCCUGAAGGCUCCAUGGGGAACACUCUGACCUGCACAAAAGAAAGUGGAGGUUUUUCUUAAAAAGGUGGCAGCAUCCAGUCAAAUCAAUUAAUAAGUGUAAAAUGGAAUUAACUGGGAACGAGGGAACUUUUUAUGAUGUUUUUGAAAAGGACCUCUCUCUUUUUUCCUUUUCCAAAACUCAGGUUGCCCUUGAUGGGAAGCUUAACUUUGUUCUAUAUACACUGGGCUUCCUGACUGUUGCUGUUUUCUCUAAUAAACACCACUUUGUGCCUUUUGAUUUAAUUAUUUUUAAUAUCCGCAAAAGGAAAGGUCCUUUCUGAACAAUCAAAAAGCUGUGCCCCCAACUACAUUGGGUACCUAGCAUCAUACUCACACAAGUUUCUUUAACAUUUAUAUCACACCUUCCUACUUUUGGCUAUGAAAACUGUGCCUUUCACAACUGUGCACUAAUAUUUCCAUAUUCUGCCACACAGUCCUAAACACAUUUAUUCAGACGUUAUGUGUCUCUCUGUUCCAUAUGACUGCAGCAUUCAUGAAUAAGAAUUAUAGAUUUGCUGAAGGGUAUAAUCGUGCUGCUGUUCACAACUUUUUGUUUGCUGCAUGAGCAUUUCUGCACUGGCUUAGCGCAGAAACAGUUUAAAAACAGCACUAAACAAGCACUGAAAGAGCACUGCAGUAUUGUAGUUGCACAGUUGCUGAGGACACGGAACAAUUUUUUAAAUUACUGUAUUUUUUUCGUGUAUAAGACGCCCCCAUGUAUAAAACGUUCCCUAUUUUGGAGGACUCCAAAUGAAGAAAACACCCUUCAGUACUACCCGUGUAUAAGACGAGCCUCAAUUUUAAACCUAAUUUUUUGGUUUUAAAAAAACCUAUAGUCUUAUACAUGGAAAAAUAAGGUACAUUUAAAAUAAAUGUUCCCAAUAUUUUGCAGACAUAGAGAGGAGCAGGUGGGCAUUGGGUCACUUGGCAUUAAUGAGAUCUCAGACAACAAUCAGUUGGUUCCAUGAAGCAGUUAUGCUGAGAAGCUACGGGGAAGUUGUUUGAACUCUGUGCAACAAACCAGUAAUAACUGUGGCAAAAGGAUUCUUGCUUGCACAAUGGGACUUGCCCCUUCCUGCCCCAUGUGUGUCCCAUGUCUUCCCCAAAUCUGCUCCAGAACAGGCUUAUGGGUAGGAUGUAGGAGGAAGGGGGGGGAGUCCCAUUGCUCAUGUGAGAAUCCUUGUGUUGACAGGAUACUUACUUAGCACUCCAGUGAAUCCAAGCCUGAACAUGUAUUUUACUAAAAAAAUUGAUUGUUUGGAAAGGACUAGAGACAAAAAUGAGAAACUCUGGGUAGUUAAGGUGCUGUGAGCACCCUUCCAUGUCAUCCGUAGCACAGUAAGAUGUAGCUGCCAAACUAGCCUUUAGAGAUUAGUUUUUAAAGUAAAUGUCAAAUGGUCUAUCUUUGCCUUAUCCCUGUUUUAGGAAUGAAGGUAGUUGUCCCGGACUUAUUGCUUGAACAGAGGCUGCUCAGUCUCCUGGGACUAUGUGUGCAUAGGAUCCACCUUAUAAAGCUGAUACCAGUGAAAAAGCUAGCUUCUCUGGCUAACAUGCACUGACCUUUCUGGAAAUCAUGUCCCUGGGGUUCUGGCUAACCGAGUGGGGGGGUCACGAUUUUGGAAUGAGAGAAGUAGCAUUACAACACCCUUUAUUUCCAUCAAUUCUUUCUGAGAAUCUGAGGCUGGCUUCCAGCAGGGCAUUUCAGUUAGGUCCUCCUCCUACAUGUGACCAAGUCAUGUUUUUAUUGUCCAAGAUGCAUUGUGGGUGAAAAAGAACUGUAUGAUUGAAAUACCUCAGGAGUUAGUUUACGGUUUGCCUGUGUGUUUUACAUUGUUUCUAUUUAUUUCUACUAAAAAUGUUUCAUGGAGUAAAAUAAUCUGAUGGAAUUAAACCAGCCAGUCGGUGGGAAAUAUUUUAUGGUGCAGUAUUGAUUCAUCACAAUCCCCGGGGCCUUGAGCUGCAUCCUUGGAAUAUUUAUAUAUAUAUGGAGCCCAUUUCUGGCAAGCUGCCAUUUUAGGAGUCAGAACUCUGUUAUUUUGUCCUUUUUAUUAUUCAGUUCUUUUGUUUUGUUUCAUGUGAGCGUAGGCCUUCAAAAAGAACAGGUUAGUGCAAGAGCACGUGUUUUCUAAAAUGCUACGUACCCCAUGAGCCUUUGUUCCAUCAAAACUUCUUCAAAGGUUUGAGAACUUAGGGAAAGUGUAGUGUACACCCAAGUGUGUAUAUGUGCAUAUGUGUCAUAGAGAGAGGGGGGGACACACCAAGUUGUGUGUAGCCUUUUCUUCCCAUUUCCCCAAACAUAUGUUCAUAUGCACCCCAUUUCCCCUAGAUUUCAGUUAAACCACUUUAUCAGUCUCUACUGCUUGGCCCAGUUCAUACAUCUGGACACACAGUAAUGCCUUUCACAUGUUGGGGGCUAGGCACAGUCUCAGGAAUGGAUGCAUCAUGUGCACAAUUCGCCCUACUCACACAAGAGGUCAUUUGCUGCAAGCCGCACAUGCUCCUAGCGCCCAAGCCCAGCUCCCAAUUUAUGAAAGACACUUCCAAGAUUUUAAAAUGAAGACUUCAGGAAUUUCUGCCAAUUUUCCAUGUGAAACAUAAGAUUUUGGCAGGGAGAGUAAAGCCCACUGUAACUGCGAGUGGUAUAUGUGUCCUUUUAUUUAUUUAUAAGCAUUUCUACUUUGCUCUUCUAUUUGAAUAAUUAGUAUUUCCCUUAGGAGUCAUGUCAUCUUCUCCAUUAAAAUGCCCACAAAUUCUCAAAUGAAGCCAAAUGCGGAACAGUCACUCGAGAACAAGAACUUCUGGGCUGUCCAUAGACUACCCUAUCCUUCCUUCCACCUGUGAGCUCUGCUUUUGUCCCUGCCUCCUCCAUUUUCCAAUCCUGACCUUUCUUUUGUCCCUUACAACUCAGGGACAACUUGUGCAUUUGGAUCCCAUUUCAGGGACUAGGAGUGUUGUCCUAGACCCUGUAAUACAACUUUCUACAGUGUUUUCACAGUUGUGCUGAUCCUUGUCAGCUACCAUCCACUUUGGGAAAUGCCUUGCCCUCCCAGCUUUAUGCUUCAGGAUCAACCCAGGAAGCACUAUUUAGCUGAGCUCUAUUUUCAUUUGCAUACCUGCCUUAUGCUUAUGAGACAAGUGAGCCAUUAACCUAAAUGCAGCUUGAAGGAAGAGUUCUACUCUGCCUCAUUCUGGCAGUCGCAUUCCUUACUGGCAGGCGGAACUAUACCUACUCCCUCUGCUAAAUGGGAACUAUGAAAAUCAUGGGGUGGCACCAGUUCAGAAAAUACUACAAGCUGGCAACUUCUCCACUUUUGUCAUUUCUGUGAAUUGGCUCUGUCCUGUGCAGACCUCACCCUUGUCUGCUGAAUAGUGCUGAUAACUGAGCCGUGGGUUGCAAGCCAAGGGUGGGGAUGUGGUAUCCACACACACAGAUUGGGUAGUGCUGAGAAAGCAGAGCAGCACGGACAUACACAAGCACACACAUGCCAUUAUUUUGAAUUAAUGGGCACUGCUUGUUCGGCCUCAGAGCAGCAAUGACAUUCUAGCUUUUGUCUCUUUCAUCACCAACUUCAGAGUUGCCAAGCUUGGAGAAAUCAGUCUUGCUUCUCCAAUGCCAUCUGUUGUUGCUUGGUUGCUUUUUUCUUUUUUUUAACCUCUAAGUGCCUUCUUGGAAACAGGGCUGAGAACCAGUUCUGCAAAUAGACCUGUCCUUUUUCUUUUUUUAAUCAAAGUCAGACUUGAACUCUAUUGCUUUCUGGUGAAUUUUCACUUCCCUGCAUGUCUUUCUAUGCAUGAAAUUGUUAUACCUGUCCUCAGCUGCUUUCCAGAAAUAAUAAAAUGAUUAGUUUGGAAUUUUAGAUCAGAAUAAAUGUAGUGGCACCUGGUGCCUAUUUUUUCUGGAUUAUUUUUGUGUCCCAGAAAGCAGAAUAUAUUAACUCUUUCAGUGCCUUUAAAAAGUUCACAGCUGUAGCCUUCCUUCCCACCUCACCAUUGUCAGAAAUUAUUUACAAUUGCAUCCUGAAGGUUACAUCGGCAAAUACUGGUGAAUUACUAUUUAGUUCUAUCGCUUUCUUAACCUUUGUACUUUUCUAAGGUGUUUACCAAUGGUAUGCAAUCGGGGAGCAUGCUGUCAGUCUGUUUUUGGGAAAUACAUGUUCCAAACCAUUGCCCAGGCUACAGACAUUGUUUCAACCAAGUUGGCAGCUUGGCACAUUCAGAUGACCAUGCCAGGCCUUGAUGAGAGUAGCACAAAGAAUCAUGAGACAGCUUCUCCCUCACAUUUAGUAGAUAAUAAUGCUUACAGUGAACGAGAGCUGUGCCUAUUGGUGGUCCUUGCUGUGGCACACAGGUGCCCCCUUGGGUUCCUGUGGGGAAUUUCCCCGUUUCAGUGCACUGCUACUUCUUUGCCUGAAGCAUGAUAAUAUUCUCUUUCUAUUUCCAAGCUCUGAUAAGGAAUGCAGUGUCUUUCCUAAGAGGGAUUAAUGUGAGAAAUGUAGGGAUCCAGCAGGAACAGCAGAGAGAGGACACCUUGGAGCUAGUGUGGUCAGAUUCUCCCAAACGUCUUCAGGAUAUCACUGCUGCUGAGCAAGCAACACUCCCCAAGCUACCAAACACAGCACAUGUGGUCUACCUCAGCACUAGGACUCUGCAGACUCACCAAGCGGUGCCAUGCUGCUUUAAGCAAGAGAGGGGGGUGAAAGAACAAUUUGAGAGCCCUUUAAAAUACAUUGAAUAAGCCCUUACUUGGAGGGGGUGCUUUUCUAAUCUUUGUCCCUUGUGGAGCCAUGGGUACAUUAUGCAUCUAAUAGAUGCUCUGUCCUCCUGCCUAAUGUCAAUAUGGGCAUUCUCACUAGCCAUGGGAAUGACUGUUCACACUGAGUUCGGACCUUUGGUAAGUGGUGUGUCAAAGUGUCUAUUGAAGAGUAGGACCUGGCCACUCCUGGGAACUUGCAGGGAUCAAAGCAAGGCCUGAAGACACAGAGCUGCAAAAUAGCCGUGCCUCCUUUACUGAUACCCCCACUGGAAACGUGUGCCCAGUUUCUAGCGAAAUGGAUGUGCAAAAACUGUUUUUAUUUCCACCUUUUAAAGCCUAUGUGUUAAAGUUUGUGUAAGAGACUUUAUUAACUCUUCAAAUGUUAGUUGAAAUAUAAAUAAACAUAGUCCUCCUUCACAGCGUGGUUGAUAUCUGACAGCAUCGGUGCAUCAAGUUCCUAUCAUGGGAAAGCAAAUAUGUUCACCAUCUAGCCAUUUCCUCUGGCUGUAAACGUUAUUAGCCCUUGUUCUCUUAAUGAAACAUGUUCUAGUUUGGCCUGCUUUCUGAAUGCAUUUUUUAUCGGCCUUUCUCUACUGAAGUUGAUGCAGAAAUCUAAUAAAAAUAAUAAUCUGAAAUGAAAGUCGUGGUUGUCUCUUUUUGCUGACCAACAUUUUAAUGCACAUUACAUGUAUUAGCAUCCUUUCUCAGAUAUCUCUCGGAUGGUAUGUUGUGCGUGGAACAGACUGGUUUGGAAUGUGGAGGGGGAAAGUCUAUGGCUCCAAAGAACAUUUGCACUAACAAUGCAUUGAAUGUGCUAGGCAGUGCUUUUUUUCUUUUUAAAAAAUGUUUAGGGGUACUCUCAUUUUCCUACUCAUAUUGAAAUACUGCCCCUCAAUGAGGCCAAACUUAGAUUCGCAAAAUGUUUAG